AUUCAAUAUUAAGUUUUUUAUUUUUCAAAAUUAGUUUCUUUUAUUUAAAAUUUUUGGGUGCACAAAGUAUUGUAUUAAUUUUAUGCAGAGAGAACGUGAAGGAUCUUCUCCCUGUUGCUGUUAUCUCUUAAGAUCAUUUUUUUAAAAAUGAAAUCCUACUAAUAUUGAAUAUCGUUGGGCUGUUGUGCUUAUUUCCGCUUAACAUUGAGCUGAGCAUCAAACAUGGAGGAUAAUGCAUGUUUGUUUACUGCGUCUCAGCUUAUGUUUUUGUUUUUUAUUGAUUAAUUUUCACGUCCAGUCAUUAUUUACUGGGUUGAAGAGUAUGUAGGUACAAGCAAAACUCCGUGAUGGCGAAUCCGAGGAAGUUUAGUGAAAAAAUAGCUCUUCAUAAUCAAAAGCAAGCUGAAGAAACGGCUGCUUUUGAGCAAAUUAUGAAAGAAGUUAUUGGAGCUACGAGGGGUCCUCCAAAAAAUCAUCACCUCAUAAUUAACCAGUCUCUUGGUUCAUACAGAGCUGGCUCUUUACCUAACGUAAAUCAGAUUGGUAACAAUAGCAUUGAUUUACAGAGUGCUUUAAAUAGUUUAGAAGAUAUGAAGCAAGGACGAGAAGUCUCAGCAGACAGAAUGCACCGAGAAAGAGGACGGCAUGCAGUUCCUCAUCAGAGUCGUCGUUUUGCAUUUGAAAAUAAAAGGGCUGAUGCUUCACCUUACAAUUCAUCUUAUCUUUCACCACCACCUGAUACCAACUGGCGGAGGACCAAUUCAGAUUCUGCCCUUCAUCAGAGUGCUAUGAACCCCCAAGACAACUAUCAUGGUGCCAAUACACCUCCUAAUAACAGGACAUUUGAAGUUGAUAGAGUACUAUUGCACGAAAAUGAUCAAGUUAACAGUUAUUGGGACCCAAAAAAAAACCAUCUUAUGCCAUUACAACAGUCGAGGCCAAAAUCUUGUGAAGUUCCAGGAAUAAACAUCUAUCCCUCUCAAGAAGAGUGUGGAUCUGUGCCAAUCUCAAAUAAUACAGGUUCAUUGCCUGAUCUGACGAAUUUACAUUUCCCAUCACCUCUCACCACCCCACUUGAUGUUGAGGAUCAAACAGGUAUCAUCACAAGUAGUCAGUUACCCCCUCAUUCAUCUACCAGUACAACAUUGUCCCCCUCAUCAAUGCACCAUCAGACACACAUUUUAGGUACAAGUCUCAGUGGAGGUACACUUAUUACUACUACCCCUAGUGGUGGUGGAGGUAGUAGGCAUUCAAGUCCUGGUCCUUCACCAUCACCAUCUUCAAGACGUCGCCAUCAUCAUAAUCUUACAAAUAUAGUAAUUGGAAGUGGAAGCCCAAGACACCACGGAGGGCACCAGCACAAUGUACCACAGCAAGUACGUUACAAACCCCAAGGGCAUAAUUUUCAUCGAUCUUGGAUUACUAUGGAGGGUUUGACUAUGGAUACCAACGCCCUCUCACUUGAAACUUAUCCCCAGCAGACGCCGCAAUUUGGAGUGUACCCUCAGCAGCCGUCUCCUCACAACAAAAAUUCUCAACCAUUUGGCUAUGAAUCUGCGACACCCACAUCUCCUACUUUGCCUCAGAUGUCCAUGGGCUCAUAUCGAAGUGCCAGUCCUGCAGAUCAUUCGUGUAGUGCUCCAACAUCUCCUGCUUCUCAUAGUCUUUCACCUUCUAGUUCACCUGGUCUUGGGUCUAAUACAACAUUGAGUAAUAAUUCCUAUCCAGAUUCUAACUAUUAUGUCCAGCAACACCAGCAAACAAACGCAUUGCAGCAUCAACUUGAACAAUUCAAGAUGAUGGCAGAUAAUAGUUCGAAUUCGAGCAACGUUGGGUCCCAUAACAACACAGCUAUGUUUUUAGCAACUGUAGAUAGUGGUGGAGGUAUUGGUCCCCCGUCAGAUGGGGAAAUAACUCUUUUGAACCAGAGUGGUAUUCAAUAUACAAGUCAACUUUCACCUGGCAUGAAUUCUUCACAGGAUAUGGACAAUGCUAUGCUUUAUUCAAUAACUUCUCUUGGCUCAGAUCCUCAUCUACAGUCCCCAACCCUUUAUACCAAAUCUAGUGUUAUAUCAAGUCAUCAGACGACGCCACAAACCCCUCAAACUCCAACAAGUAUACCAGAUAUAAUUUUAACAGGCGAACUUUCAAGUGAUGCAGGCUAUGAAAUUCAAGGAAGACAUGAUGUUUCUCCUGCAGGAGAUGACACCAUCCCCAGGCAAGACUUUGCUAAAGAACUGGGAUGUGCAAUAUCCAACAUGUGCAGUUCAUUUGAAUCAGACUAUUUCACAUCAGAGGAUGCUCUGAGGAACAACUUGCACCUUGGAAAUCUAGACUUUGAUGGACUUCAGCUGCUGAAUGAUGCUGAUAUACCUGUAUCGAGUGACCCUUCAGCAGAGGACACAUUUCAUCUGGAAGGUUCAUAGUGUUACGAGCUUCUUCAUUGUGAGGAGUAAACAUUUCUCAUUACAUUUUGAAAGAACACAAUCUGAUGACGUUUCAUUUUCAUCCGUUUUAAGAAAAAACAAACACAUUUCCUUGUCUCAUAGGAGACGAGGCAGAGUGUCGCGAGUGCAUCGAAGUCGCUCGCGACGUGUGAUCGUUAGUGUAAAUUGAAACAUAUAUAAAUGCCAACUGCCAAGUUAUGGCAUGUGUACAUAUCUGUAAAGUUGUAGAUCAUGUGAUCACUUAUAGUGUAAGACAAAACAGGGGGAUUCUAAAUGGCUGCAUUUUGUAACAUAUUACUAUGUAAUGUGAGCAAAAAAAAGAAGAAAAAAAAAGCAAACAGCCUCUAAACAUUGUGUACAUUAAGUCAAUUUGUACAAAUUCAUGCCUUAAUCAGGUGAAAACUGAAAUUUUCAUAUGUAAAUUAGGCAUGUCAUUUCCCACUCUUUUGUUGUAGUGUUAUGUGUCCAAAAUUAAGUUUUUAAAAUAUUUCUAUUUGCUCAUUUAAUUUCUGUGUUAGUGCAUGGUUUUGUGAUAUCAUCACUUGUUAACUGAACUUGUUAAAAAAAAUUUUAUAUCAUCAUAUCUAUGUUAUUCAUUUCCUUUGCAUUUAUUCUUACUUUUUUGGGGGUGUAAGUUUUUUUAUUGUUAUAAAAUUAUCACUUUGAAGUGUUUUCACAAAAUUUACAUUUAAAUAUGUCUACUUCAUUUUUAUCAAUUAUAAUUUUGUUCAAUGUAUUGUAUUCCUCAAUUUUUAAACGUAUUUUUCUCCCCCCCAACCACGGACUUUUGUAGGAUUGUUUUCACAUCUCUGUCAACUUUUCAAUUCCUAAUUCAAUUCAGUGUAUGAUAAAUUGAGUUUUCCGAUUUAAUAAAUAUUUAACAGGAAAUUUUCAUUGAUUGAUAUUUAACCCUCUGAGCAUUAGUCCUGGCUUUUUCCGAACCUCUAGCUGCAUGCUUUCCUACAUCAAAAAACCGGUUCCCCAGAUGUUAUUUAAAGGAAGAGUAGUGCAUAGCAGGGAAAUUUCUGUGCAAUUUUACCCAGGAGCUCAAUGCUUGGAGGAUUAAGGGCAUUAUUAUGUUUCUUUAUGCAAGUAUAAUUUUUAUUAUAUAUUUUAUAAUUUUAUUCUUAUAUAGCUACUUAUAAACAAAACAACAAAAAAAAAAACACAUUUUUUUGUGGGCAGGGAGAGUAUUUAAAUAACAUUCCAAUCAAAGAAAAUCUUUAUUUCUUAGUGUAAAUCUUAAUUUGUGAUCUUAAAAUAUUUCAAAUGAAACAAAUCAAUAUAUCUGUUUUUUUUUUUAAAGUUUUUUAAAAUUUAUUUUGGUAAAUUUUAUCUUAUUAAUUUCAUUAUGGACAUAAACAAUCAAUGAUCAUUAAAACUUUGAGUGUUUAGAGCCUUACUGAUGGAAGUAAAUAUGGAUAUGUUUGCAUUGGAAGUAGUAUUGCACUCUAGAGCAGAUAAAGCUCAAAAUUAAUCUAAGCACACGCAAAACAAUUCGUUUGGAGUAGAACUAUUUAAAAAAAGUUCCUUCAGAACAAUUUUUGUUGAAAUUGAGAGAAAAAUGUUAUUUACUUUUUAUUAAACAGGAAUUUAUUUGUAAUUAAGUAAUGAAUGUUACUUUUUUUGCUCUUUUAAUUUGCAAAACAUAAUUAUGUGUCAUUAAAAAUAUUGGUUAUUUAACUAAUAUUGGUUACCGUGUAUCCCAAUUUAUAAGAUGACUUUUUAAACUCACUAAAUUUUACAAAAAUCAGGAGGCCGACUUGUAGGCUGGUAAUAAAGUCGAACAAACAUUGUUGAUCAUGAAAUAUAGGUGCAUUAUAAAUUAUGAAAUAAAUAUGAAUAGUUCAAUAUCAAUUCACUCCUUUCAAAUUACUUUUAAUAUGUUAUAUACAAUUCAUAUUUUCUUUGCAUAUAAAGGUUUUUUUAGAAACAAUACCUUAAAUUUCAUUAAAAAAAAUUAAGUAUUAGAAUAUCAGGAUUUUAAAUACCACGUCCAAAUACAUGGAGCUGACUGCUGAAAAAACGACAAAAAAUGACUUAUAUUUCAAUUGAAAUAUGCACAAAUAUAUGGUAUCAAAAAGUGACUAUUUAAAUUCGGGAUUGGAAACUCAAAUGUUGUAAUAACAUGGAUGUUAAAAUAACAGGAUCAUCAAAAUCACAUGAAAAAACAUCACAAUAAUUGCAAAAAAAAACUUACAUUUAUAAUGAAAUCUGCAUGAAUAAAUUGCAUCAGUGAGUAAUUAUUUUAAUGCAUGAUUUAAAAUUUGCAUGUUGUAAUAAAAAUUACAAUUUUUUGUAACCGCAUGAGAAUGGAUAACAAAAACUGCUGAAAAAAAUAAUUAAAAAUAAUUUGGACUUGAAAUGAAAUAAAGGAUGAAGCAAAGUGCAUCAGAAAGUGAUUACUUAUAUGUGCAAUUUGAAACUUGCCUAUCGUAAUGAUAUUGCAGUAAAAAUACAUGACUUUUAAAAUCGCAUAGAAGCAUAGCAAGCCUUUACAAAGAGAGAAAAAAUCAAGUAAUAAUUUAGAUUUAUAAUGAAAUCGGCACAAGUAAAACAUGUCGAAAAGUGGUCAUUGAAAUGUGCAAUUUGAAACUCACGAGUCAUAAUAAAUUAUAUUGGGAUUUUACUAACCACAUGGAAAUUAUAAAUAAUGG